AUUCAAUUUUAUUCAGUUGAUUGUAGAGUAGCAGAUGUGUGUAAAUAAGAAGUUACGUGCAACCAUAAUAACAUGUGGUAGUAGAAGCUUUUCCCUUACAAGACGCGAUAGGAAAACUGAUGUAGGGAAGGAGGUCUUCCGGAAGAGAUGAGAUUGAGAUGCAUCCACCCUCUGCAUUCAUGUCUUAAAACGCCAAUUAUGAUCUUUUAUCAAGCAAAGGCAACUUCUCUUGGUGGGGCAGCGAAGCAAAAGAAAAAUGAGACUCAGCCAAAGCCAAUACUCCUUGACAUGGUUAACAAUAGUCUUGUUUUUGUUUAAAUUUAUGUGUCUUUUAUUUAUUGGAUGGACUUGGUUUAGUGCUGGUUUCACUUUGUAAUUUGUUUUGUGUUGUAAUUAAGUUGUCAAGCCUGUUGUGUCAUGAGAUUUCUACUCUUUUGAUUGAUAGAAUGUGGUUGUUAUCAAUUUGAAAUGUAAUUUUUGUAAUACGUUUCGUGUUUGAUAUAUUAUUAUAAUUUCAAAUUCCCUUUGCAUUACUGACUUGAGCAUUGAAUUGGAGAACACUCUGGCAGCCCUUCAUCGACGUCUUUGUUACACUUUUGUAGGUUUUUUUUUCUACCUAGAAAAUCAUAUUUAUUUUAUUUCAUUUUCUUAUAUCAUUUGCAAUCUUAGAUUCUGUUGGUCACUAAGAAGGAAAUAAUUUUUGUAGAUUGAAGUGAUCAGUAAAAGGUGUUCAGUUUAGGAAUCACCAAAACAAAAAAAGCAAGGCAUGGUGGAAAAUUACAAUUUUAAAAUAAUUGCUGAGCUAUCAUACAGUCGAAGUAGUAAGUAUAUUUUGACUUGUUUACUGCAUGUCAUUCUCUUUAUUUCUUCUUUUGCUUGUUUCCUAGAGUUUUGUUCGUUGGUUAUUUGACGGUAAUUGUAUUAAAUAGGUCAAAAUUUUCAAAAAGUAAGUUUAACAGAAUUGUGGGUGGAUGAAAUGACAUUGUUCUUUUAUUAUUCCAUUUCACUUUCUUCAUUUUUGUUUUCUUAAUUUUGGGUUUUAUUGCAUUUUUGUGAUCUUUACAUUUUCUUUAUAAAUUGGUUUCUAGUUA